UCUUAUUCUGAGUGAGGUGUCGUUAUUUUCACAUCGGAUAUGAUCUGGAGACUUGUGCUCCUCGGCGGGGUGUGGGUCUGUCUUCUGGGUGCUGAAGGCAGAGGCCGCGGGGGGAGGACGGUGACUUUCCACCGGACUCAGCAGGAUGAGAGCCAGGGGAAAGUGCGCACACGCACCAGGAGAGAAGCCAGCAGCUCAUCUGGCACAUCCAAGCUUUCUCACGGUCCAUCCUUCUCUGCCUGCCGACUCCAUCUGACUCCAGCCGAACACGAAGUCCUGGAUGACAAUACACAUGAGACAGGGUUUAAUGGUGAUGAUGGCUCCUAUGUAAUUCUCACAUGGGUGGGCGAUGGCACAGGAGUGGUCCUGGUGCUGUCCACCAUCAGCGCCCCCCUCGAUUCUUUUCUAGAAGGCGGCUCUUCACGACUUUACAGAAGUACGGAUUAUGGGAAGUCGUUCCAUGACAUUUCCCACCGGAUCAACAACACUUUCAUGAGGGAGGAGUUUGGAGUCAGUGUUGGACCAGGGAGCUCUGUGAUAUUGACAGCGGACACACCGGUGUUGGACAAUCCAGGGGGGGUCGUCUUCACCUCCACAGAUGCCGGUGCGACCUUCAAGUUCAUCCAACUCCCCUUCCACUUGGCUCAGCCGAUCACGUACCACUUCCUCAACCCUGACUACCUGGUGGCCCUCAGCAUUGACGGCGGUCUGUGGCUCUCUCUGGACUUUGGUGCCAAGUGGACAAAAGUUCAUGAUGGAGUGCAUUCUUUCUCAUGGGGGGCUGGUGUCAAUUUGUUCUUCAGCUGCAGUCGAGUGGACACAGUUGAAGCGGACAAGAGAGGAGACUGGGUGCUGAAGAGGACGAAGGAUCUGGGGAAGACCUUCACCAUAAUCCAUGAGGACAUCUACAGUUUUGGCUACAUAGGAGCCUUUCUCUUCUUCUCUGUGAUGGAGGAUUUGAGAUCCCCUCGUGUCAUGUAUUUCUCAUCAGACCAGGGAGAGACGUUCAGUCGGGCGCUGCUGCCUUCUGCUUCCACUGAGCAGUUCUACUCGAUCCUGGAUGGAGAUGAGGAUAUGCUCUUCAUGCAUGUGGACAACCCAGGAGACACCUACUUUGGGACCAUGUACACGUCGGACGACCGCGGGAUCUUGUUCUCCAAGUCACUGGAGCGCCACCUGUUUGACGGGCAGAGGAAGAGCGAUUUCACCAACAUCACCUCACUGAGAGGAGUAUACCUCACUAACAAACUAGACGAGGACGGCCGUGUUAGAUCUGUCAUCUCCUUUAACAGAGGAGGGAUGUGGCGACAGCUUAAUAAACCUGAGAACGUGGACUGUAGAGAGCAAAUUAAGAGUUGCAACCUUCAUAUCCAUGGAGAACACAGUCGCAACAACCGAAUAGUUCCCAUGGUGGCGCUCUCUGAGCCCACUGCCAUCGGCCUGGUCAUCGCCCAUGGCACUGUGGGUGAUUCUCUGUCAUCGUCGCAGCACCCAGACGUGUUCGUUUCCUCAGACGGGGGCUAUAACUGGAGGGGGACACUGAGGGGACCUCACCACUACAGCAUACUGGACUCUGGGGGUCUCAUUGUGGCUGUGGAGGCUCAGCGCGAAGGACAAGUCAAAACUAUCAAGUUCUCCACAGACGAGGGCCAGUGCUGGAAGUCGUAUAACUUCACUGACCAGCCCUUCUUCUUCGCAGGCCUGGCAUCUGAGCCAGGCACCAAAGCCAUGAAUGUCAGUGUGUGGGGCUUCCGGCCCGAGGAGGACGGCCAGCCCAUGUGGGUGGCCGUCACCAUCGAUUUCCAGAGCCUCAUUACCAGAGAGUGUAACGAGCAGGACUAUGAGGAGUGGUUGGCUCAUUCUACAGAGGGAGGAGACUCGGAGAGAAACGGCUGCGUCCUGGGUGUCAAGGAGACUUACAGGAGGCUGAAGAAACAAUCUGUAUGCAGAAAUGGGAAAAGCUUUGUGGUGAGCAAGAAGCAAAGCCCCUGCUCGUGCACCAGAGAAGAUUACUUAUGUGACUACGGUUACUAUCGUCAUGUGAACACUUCCGAGUGUGUGAGACAACCCAACGCUCCAAAUAAAACUCUGGAGGUCUGUUUGAAUGGAGAGGAGGACGAGCUACUGACCGCAGGGUAUCGUAAGGUCCCGAGUAAUAAGUGUGAGGGUGGGUUCAAUCUUCAGCUCGCAGUGCAGACAGUCAUCAGGCCCUGUGGUGUUAAACCCAGCCCUGGCCAACCUGCCAGGUCAUCGUCUCCAGACACACACUUUGACACACCGCGAGAGAGGCUGGUGUUGAUCCUGGUGUGUGCAGGAGCGGGACUCAUCGUCCUGGUGGCUGUUGUUUCUGCUCUCCUUGCUGUCAGGAGAGUGGUUUAUAGAAACAGGUCACCAGUGUACCGUUUCUCCAACCUGCAGAUACAGGAUGAUGAUAAUGUUGAAAGCGCAACCAGCAGCAAUGGCACCGUCUGCCAACAGGACUCAGAUGAUGAUCUUAUUGAAUGACACAUGACACAUUUUGAUGGACAUAAUAGACAUUAUGGAUUGAAACCAGCUGUGCUGAAAAAGAAUACCAACUCCAUUUUGAUGGACUAAUCCCUCAUAUUUGGAUGGGAGCAACCUUCAUGCCAAAGUCUAUGGAUUUGAAUGACAAGCAUGAAAAUGUCUUAAUUUAUUGAGCUUACUUCAUUUUGUUGCUUUACUUUACUUUUAUUGCUCUUCCAUUUGUACAGUAUUUUUUUUAUUUCACUCUGUUUGCAGCACCUUUUUACUUCUGUAAAAUGUGAAAACAAAUUUGCAUUUGUGAAAAAUAAAUUAUUGCAUAUUCA